ACGUGUAGUUGUGCGUGUAGAUCAGCGUGGAUUAGUUUUGUAGCAAACUGGGUUUAGAAGACUGGCUAUGGAGACGUCUUUUACUGGCCUACUUCAGGAAACCGUUUUCGUUGCUGCGAAGAUCUAAAGUAAACAGUGUACUUGACGUGGUCAAACACUUAUUGACACAGUUACUUCAAGGAGAAGAAGAUCCAGAAUUCUUUGGACAAAGAGACAUAAUGAAAGAACAGAAGUUUCUUAAACCACUAGGGUGAUCAAAGUACUAUAUAAAAAUUUUGUAACUGGAUGAUCUUGAGUCCCUCCUAAACUACAUGAAAGCUGUUUAUCCUCAGCCCUCUUGUAUUUGUUUUAGCAGGUACGAAUUCAAGGAAAAGUUUGUCUAAAUAUUUCAUAAAUAAGUUUUGUUUUUUUUAAACACUGGAUUUAUUGUACUCAAUACCAGCAUUCUAUUACAAACUAUUUUUCUACUUCCAGUUAAUACAAAUUACAUUUUUUGAACUCUGUAGAUAUUCAUAGUAAUGCAUCAGUCUUGUACUCAAGAGUGCCCUUCUUAGUGUUGCAUCCAGUGUGUUCAGUCUGCCGAGUUAUGACUGACAGCAACUACGAUUCUGCCUGCAAUCAUGGUAAUGAUGUGCCAGCUGUGCUGCCUGCUGCUGUGGCCGUUGUAGGAACCAGUUACCCUGGCAGCAGUGAUAGCCCCAGGAGUAACAGCUGCAAUAAAAAUUGCAGCAGUGGCAAUUGUGACAACUGUAACUCUCUUACAAGCAACAGUAACACCAGCAAAGUUGGGCCACCAAACAAUGGAGCUGGAGGAAGCACUGGAAGUGGAGUUCGGAGUGCCUGGGGUUCACGGGUGCAAGUCAAGCCCCCUUGUCAACAGAAGCAGGCCACAGGAACAUCUUCUGAUGACAUGGAUGUGAACAGUAAUGGCAACUCAAGUGGGAAUGAUUCAAAUGGAGGAGAGUCGAAUGAAAAUGAAUCUCGUGGGCGCCAGUCAACACGAAGCUCCAACAGUAGCUCUAGCCGAAAUGGCAAGGAUUCUGCAAUGAUGCUGGAAACUACUGAGAGUAACAAGAGCUCAAAUUCUCAGAGCCCAUCUCCACCAAGCAGUUCGAUAGCUUACAGCUUACUAAGCACCAGCUCAGAGCAAGAUCAUCCCUCUACCAGUGGCUGCAGCUCUGACCAGUCGGCUCGUGUGAAAACACAAAAAGAACUAAUGAAGGCCCUAAAGGAAUUAAAGAUCCGUGUGCCAGCUGAAAGACGAAGUAAAGGCAAACCAAGCACUCUUGCUGCUCUACAGUAUGCAUUGUCAUGUGUAAAGCAAGUCAAAGCAAACCAGGAUUAUUACCACCAGUGGACAGCUGAUGAGAACCAGACAUGUAAAUUGGACUCGUCGUCUUACACAGUUGAAGAACUUGAAAAUAUCACAUCUAAGUACACCCUAAAAAAUACGGACACAUUUUCUGUAGUGGUGUCUUUGCUGUCAGGGAAAAUUGUGUGUAUUUCACAUCAAGCUGCAUAUAUUCUACAUUGCAAGGAAGAAUUCUUGAAUGGAGCCAAAUUUGCUGAACUUCUGGCACCUCAAGAUGUUAGUGUGUUUUACAGCUCAACUGCACCCUGCCAUUUACCAUCCUGGUCUGCUUGCAUUGGAACAGCUGCCCCACCAGACUGCACAAAAGAGAAAUCCAUGUUCUGUCGGAUCAGUGCUGGUCGAGGUGGAGAUAAUGAGAUUCGCUACUAUCCUUUUCGUCUCACUCCCUACCUGGUCACACUGAAGGACCCGGACACAACAGAUGGACAGCCAUGCUGCCUGCUGAUUGCAGAGAAGAUUCACUCUGGAUAUGAGGCACCAAGAAUCCCUGCAGACAAGCGUAUUUUCACCACAAGCCACACACCUAGCUGUUUGUUUCAAGAGGUCGAUGAACGUGCUAUCCCAUUACUUGGUUAUUUGCCUCAGGAUUUGGUAGGCACUCCAGUUCUGCUCUACCUUCACCCUGAAGAUAGACCAGUCAUGGUGGCUAUUCACAAGAAAAUAUUGCAACUUGCUGGCCAGCCAUUUGACCAUUCGCCAAUCCGUUUUUGCACACGCAAUGGAGAAUAUGUUACAAUUGACACCAGUUGGUCUAGCUUUGUUAAUCCCUGGAGCCGGAAAGUAGCCUUUAUCAUUGGGAGACACAAAGUUAGAACGAGUCCCCUGAAUGAGGAUGUAUUUACACCACCCCGUGCUGCAGAUAUCAAGCAUCUUGAGCCUGAUAUUCAUGAGCUCAGUGGACAGAUCCAUCGUCUUCUUGUGCAGCCAGUACAUACAAACAGCUCCCUUGGGUACUGUAGUGUUGGAAGCAAUGGAUCUCAUGAGCAGUUCCUGAGUAUUGCUUCAUCCAGUGACAGUAAUGGCAUUCCUGCAGAAGAAGCAAGAUUGCACAAACCGAUGACAUUCCAGCAAAUCUGCAAAGAUGUGCACAUGGUUAAAAAUCAAGGUCAGCAAGUCUUUAUAGAGUCCCGAACGAAACCUUUACCAAAGAAAUCCAGUUCCACAGGUAAUGAUGCGCCUAAGCAAGCAACCAGCAAGCCAAAGCAGAUAACAUGUGUUUCCCCAGCUUCUGCCUUAGUAGAAACUGUCAAAAAGGAGGCUCCCUCCACCUAUUCCUACCAGCAAAUCAACUGCCUGGACAGUAUUAUUAGGUAUCUGGAAAGUUGUAAUGUUCCCAACACAGUGAAGAGGAAGUGUGGCUCCUCUUCUUGCACAGCUUCUUCAAACUCAGAUGAUGACAAACAGAAGAUGGGAGAAGAUGGACCAAAUAUUAACAAAGGCUCCGUGGUGGAGUUGGGGACCCCAGGAGGUAAUAAGGAGUCGAAGGGGACAGCUCACCCCCUCACCCCUCUGGCGCUUCCCAGUAAAGCGGAGAGUGUAGUUUCCAUCACAAGCCAGUGUAGCUUCAGCAGCACCAUCGUUCAUGUUGGGGACAAGAAACCACCGGAGUCAGAUAUUGUAAUGGAGGAAGCCCCGGCCACGCCUGUGCAACCACAACCUGCUGCUCCAGCAAGUACUACAAGCCAGCCCCUGGAUAAGGACUCAAAAGACCCAUACCGUAAGGUUGGACUUACCAAGGAGGUGCUGUCUAUUCACACACAAAAAGAAGAACAGACUUUUCUCAGUCGUUUCAAAGAUUUGAGUCGGCUUAGAGUCUUUGAAUCACCAUGUGAGCAACAACAAGUUGGGCGGUCAAAGACAGGUGUCCGAAAUUCCAGGCACUAUCCAGCAGCAGGCAGCAGCAGCCGGCGAGGGAGAGGUGGGAAGUCAAAAGCUAAGCGUCUGAAACAUCAUGAAUCUUCUGAGCAUGCCAUGUGUAGUGCUGGUGGUCCAGGCAUUCAAGGCCAGUCUGCUUCAUCCCCAAACUUGCCACAGUGCUCUCCUUUUCAUUCAGCUCUGCCUGGUCCUUCUUCUGCCUCUUGGCCCCCAUCUGUUACUUCACAGGCCAGUUUGCCACCGCUGCCUUUCCCUGGAGUCUUGCCAACAUACUCUAUGCCCAUGUUUGCCCAGAGAGAUUCUUUGCCAUCUGCCCCCGAGCUUGCACAGGGAACAUUUACAGAAACACAGAGUGGCACAUGCUUUCCAAUGCAGUCUGUCCCUUCUCAGUAUCCCUCUCCAAUAGUCACUCCAAUGGUGACAUUUGUACUGCCAAAUUACAUGUUUCCACAACUUAAUGGCACUCUUCCACAGCCAUAUUUCCCAAACCAAAUGUUUUCUUUCACGUCAGCAGGUACAUCUACUUCUAAUAUGCCCAGCGCUCCUACUACCACCAUGACACAACCCAAUACACAAGAGCUUAGUUCAACAAGUGUAGCCCCUCAGUUACCUCUACAGGAGACUGCGAAACCAUAUUCCUGCUGCAGUACACCUCCAUCAAGCAGUCAACCCCCUAACGAUCGGGAGGGGGCAGAAUCCCCACUGUUUGAAUCUCGCUGCAGCUCUCCUCUUCAGUUAAACUUAUUGCAGCUUGAGGAGACAACUGCAGGGAACCGACUGGAAAUGACUUCUUCUGGCACCGGGGUACAGGGCCAAGUUUCUGGAAGUGGCUCAGGAAGUGGAAAUGCCAACACUGCUCCCGAGUGGCCAGGAGCACAAGCUGGAGGUGCAAGCGGGAAAGCAUGCCCAAGAAAUGAUGGCAACAACCAGAAGGAGAAUGAAAAUAAUGGAGAAGCAAAUGAAUCGUUUAACCAGGAUGCUAUGUCAAGCUCCAGUGAUCUCCUGGACCUUCUACUGCAAGAAGACUCGAGAUCUGGCACAGGAUCUGCAGCAUCUGGGAGUGGGUCAGCUGUUUCAGGCUCCAUGGGCUCAGGCUCUAAUGGCUGUAGUACCUCUGCUUGUGGAACAAGAAGCAGUCAAAGUAGCCACACCAGUAAAUAUUUUGGCAGCAUUGACUCCUCCGAGAAUGAUAAUAAUAACAAGAAGUGUGUCAAUGGAUUGGCAACUGAAAGUGAUCAGUUCAUCAGAUAUGUACUUCAAGACCCUAUUUGGUUGCUGAUGGCCAAUACAGACGAGAAGGUCAUGAUGACUUACCAGCUGCCUGUCAGGGAUAAGGAGACCAUCCUUCGAGAGGACAGGGAAAAACUGAAAGCUAUGCAGAAGCAUCAGCCACGAUUAACAGACGAACAGAAGAAAGAGCUCUGCGAAGUCCAUCCAUGGGUGAAAACUGGCCGGUUACCCAAAGCCGUCAACAUUUCAGCGUGUGUAGGAUGCGGGAUACGCUCGUCUGUUGCAGUGGCAACCCCAUUUGAUGUGGAGCUCCAUGAGAUGGACCUGAGCGGUAUGCUGGAUUCUGGAGAGGAAGGCUGCAACAAAGGGACCAUCCCUGCAGAAACUGCAAUGGAGGAGGAGGAGGAGCUGGAAGACCACAAUGAAGACCAGGAGAUGCCUUCAGCAGAGCAGGAAAUGGAGAGUACGUCACAACAGAGACACGAAUGAGUCUUUAACAUGUCGGAAAUUACAAUUUGAAAAGCCAACAAGUCGGGCUUCAGACUGUAAGAUGUUUUGUAUAUAUUUAUAUAAAAA